AUGGAAAAACCUCAAGACCUGCUCAUGCGUAUCGUCGAGAACGACUUCGAUUACGCGGAAACCCAUUUCCACGUUGCCAAUUCUCACCGUCUCUGGAACCAGCAACGCCAACGCCAACCCAGCGACGACGAAAUCUCCACCGUCUGUCGCAUCGACGCCGUCGAGGAACAUUUCGCCAAGGUUCUUACCGACUGGCACCAACGCGUUGCUUGCUCGCAGGUACCGUACCGUUGCUCUCCACCCGUCCGACUUUUAUUCCCGACCAUUGUUCCUUUCCAGGCCUCCGACGCGGACCAAUGCGUCGACGUCGUGCCAUCCGGCGCGGAAACUCUGCCGAGUCGAGACGAGCCGACGAAACCACCUUCCCCCGGCCGUCCGGAGUACGCGACGGAAACCGCCGAACCGCGUUCCACCGACCCGAGCGAACCGAGCCGGACGGACCACGCCGGUACGGCGAAACCGAAAAACAAGAGAAGGAAAAAACGCACGGCACGACGGCGCGACCAGGACGAACCUAGACGUCUACCGGUUCUGCGAGCCGGCGACGUCGAGAGCUUGCUCCGACAGUUCGAAGCUUCCGAGGAUGCUUUUCCCGUGUCGUCGACUCGUCCGCCCGUGAAAUCCGACCAAACUCGACGAUGCGUCCGACCAAUUUCAAACUUCCGCCAACGUGUCGGACGCGCUCCGCCCGAACCGCUCCUCCGAGAGACCAAGGUAACUCGCGACUCUCCGCGAUCGUCCGUUCGUUCGCGAAUCGAAAUCCAACUUUUCAAACGAUUUCUCGUCCAACUUUUCGAGUCGAAUCGAAACCACGUGGAAACAGGCUUUGCAACUUUGCCGACCUCUACAUAUAUAUAUAUAUAUAGACGUGUUUUGUCGCGUCAGGUCACGUGCGACGACGUCCUCCCCGAGAACGAGAUCGUCGACGGCGGACUGGUUCGAUUGGACCACGACUAUUGCACCGUCCACUCCUCCUCCGUUGGCAGCGGCAGGACGUCCCGGGCUAACGUUUUCGAAACGACGAUCGACGUUUGUCUCCUCGUUCCUUCGCACAGCGGGCCAACGACGACGACGACGACCGGGAAUCGCGACGCUUCCAGAUGCUACCGACCAGUCCACGAACGACCGACACACGCGCGACCCGGAGACAAAGAUGUCCGGCAAACGUCGGACAUCGAGGAGCACGAGCGAGGAAAAUCGUCGACGCGGCGACGUUUCCAACGAUGGUUUCGACCAAGUCGAAGAGAACGAAAUCGCAGCGACAACGGCGGAACGAAUUCACCGUUGCAACCUAUGACGCUGGUGUACGUUCAUCACGCUUCCACUACCACCGAACCUGUCCAGGACGAUCCUGAAAACUUGAUUUGGUCCGAGAGAGAGAUCGUCUCGGUUUUGAAACCGAAACUAGACGGCAACGUUCGGCCAAGACCCGUCACUCGCGACGCAGUCGUUCAAACUUACGAGACGGCGUUUGAAUUUCCCACGAGAUCGUUGAUCGACGUCGACGAGAGAUUCCAGCGACGAAGAAGUGACGACGCGCGAGGCAGGGAUGCGGAGUCUCGUGAAAAGCGCGCGAUUGGUUCCCGGUCGAACCGAUCCGAGUCGAGAGGUAAAAGCAAAAGCAAGAGCAGAAGCAGAAGCAAAAGCAGCGGUAAACGCGGUAACGCGCGUCGCCGGAGGAUCAGUCGUCGACGUAGCUCCGUCAGCUCCAGCGGUAGUUGGUCUUCGUCUCGUUCCAACUUUGCGAGGACCGACCGAUGGGCGUCGAAGGGACCGAGAAGACCGAGCGGAAGGCGUCGUACCACCUACGACGGACGCCAACGACGUUCUACCGGAAGGUAUCGUAGCUACGGAGAUUGGAAGAGAUCACCGUCUUCGACUUCGUCGUAUCGACGAUCCUACGACGAUUGGUACGAUCGAGAGAAGCGGAAACGAGUGGAGGAGCGGAGAGUAAUUUACGUUGGACGGUUGGACGAAGGAAUCACCAAAGCUGAUUUACGCGCGAGAUUCGAAACUUUCGGUCCCGUGGUGGAUAUUAAUGGUGUGGCGAGCAGUUCGUUCAACGAUGGAUACGUGUCGCGAGAUGGCCAAGACAACACGUUCGAUCUUUUGUUGAAAGAAGCGAAAGCGAAACUACGCCGGAGGAACGUUUGACAUAGGUACUGUUUCUUCCUUGUAGAUAUAAUUUAAAGAAUUAGCGCGGAAAUGUGAUCGUCGUUGACGACGUUUGAAACGAACGAGUGGAGGAGAAAUCUAUACCGAUGUUUUCCACCGACGGAGAUUUCGUAAAAAUUGUAUAAUUGUUGUAGAGCGUAAACUGUUGCGACGUACGACGUGUACGUUUCUGAUACGAGCAACGGUCAACGAGUAUAUCUUUUCGAACUGAUGUUGUGAUUGAAAGUAUCGGUACCGUGUGUGUGUGUGUGUGUAUUGAUACGUAUAUAUAUAUAUAUAUAUAUA